CGGAGCGCGCCCCGUGUCGGACCCGCACCCAGGCGCGCCCCCGCGAGCCCGCCCCGCCCGCAGGCGCCGCUGGAGAUGGCGAGUCCCGCGGCCCCGGAGCCCGCCGAGGAGGGAUGCCCGGCUCCGGCUGCCGGGGAGCAGGAGCCGCCGCCCCGGGCUCCCCGCGGGGAGCGGGGGCAGCAGGCGCCGGAGGCAGGGGCGGCGGCGGCCCCCGGGAGGCAGGUGCCGGAGGCGGCGGGCGAGGUGGCGGCCGCGGUGAGCUGGCUGCUGGGCGAGCCCGGGCUGUGGCUGGGCUGCUGCGCCCGGGAGCUCCUGAGCUGGCAGAGGCCGCUGCGCACCCUCCUGGGCUUCGCCGGGGCCAACCUGCUCUUCUGGUUCCUUGCAUUGACUCCAUGGAGAGUGUAUCACCUGAUUGCCGUCUCGAUACUUGGGCGAGUUAUUAUGCAAAUAAUAAAGGAUAUGGUUUUGUCUAGAAAGAGAGGUGCACAGCUGUGGAGAAGCCUCAGUGAAAGCUGGGAGGUUAUCAAUUCCAAACCAGAUGAAAGACCCAGGCUCAGCCACUGUAUUGCAGAAUCCUGGAUGAAUUUCAGCAUAUUUCUUCAAGAAAUGUCUCUUUUCAAACAGCAGAGCCCUGGAAAGUUUUGUCUCCUGGUCUGCAGUGUGUGCACAUUUUUUAUGAUCUUGGGAAGUUACAUUCCUGGGGUUAUACUCAGCUACCUACUCUUACUGUGUGCAUUUUUGUGUCCACUGUUUAAAUGUAAUGAUAUGGGACAAAAACUAUACAGCAAAAUCAAGUCAGUUCUGCUGAAACUAGAUUUUGGAAUUGGAGAAUAUAUUAACCAGAAAAAACGCGAGAGAUCUGAAGCAGACAAAGAAAAAAGUCACAAAGAUGACAGUGAAUUAGACUUUUCAGCUCUUUGUCCUAAGAUUAGCCUCACGGUGGCUGCCAAAGAGUUGUCUGUGUCCGACACAGACGUCUCCGAGGUCUCCUGGACUGACAAUGGGACCUUCAACCUUUCAGAAGGAUACACUCCACAGACAGACACUUCUGACGAUCUUGACCGACCUGGUGAGGAAGUUUUCUCUCGAGGCCUUUCAGAUUUUCCAUCUCUAGAAAAUGGCAUGGGAACAAACGAUGAAGAUGAAUUAAGCCUCGGCUUGCCCGCAGAGCUCAAGGGAAAAAAGGAGCAGUUGGACAGUGGUCUCAGACCCAGCAAAGAGAGGCCAUCAUCCACUGGUCUCACCCUUCCUCUGAGCAGUGACCAAACCUUUCACCUGAUGAGCAACCUGGCUGGGGACGUCAUCACAGCUGCAGUGACUGCUGCCAUCAAAGACCAGUUAGAGGGCGCGCAGCAAGCCCUUUCUCAGGCGGCACCCAGCCCGGGAGAGGACACAGACACUGAAGAAGGUGAUGACUUUGAACUCCUUGACCAGUCAGAGCUCGAUCAAAUUGAGAGUGAAUUGGGACUUUCACAAGACCAGGAAGCAGAGGCACAGCAAACUAAGAAGUCUUCGGGCUUCCUUUCAAAUCUACUCGGAGGCCAUUAGUCUGGAAUCGGCUUUAUGACAGAGCACAGAUAACUACCAAAAAAUUUCAAACAAGCAAAAAACAAAACAAAAAAAAAAGGAAAAAAAUGUUUUUGAACUGUGAGCUUUACUCAUUGCUUUAGAUUAUUUUGUCUUAUUUUCUCUUCUGCAGUGAAUUAAUUGGAUAUAUAUCAGCUGAUACUGAUAGAUAGACUUAUCUGAUAGUUAUUUUUAUGUAAUAAGCAUGGAAAUGAAAAAAAAAUAUGUAUAUACAAUUGACCCUUGAACAAAUGGGUUUGAACUGUGCAGGAUUAUGUCAAUAAAUACUAUAAAUGUAUUUUCUCUUCCUUAUGAUUUUCUUAGAUAUUUUGUUUCUCUAGCCGACUUUCUUGUAAGAAUACAGUAUAUAAUACAUAAACAAGACAUGUUAAUCAACUGUUUGUGCUAUCAGUAAGGCAUCUGAUCAGUGGUAGGCUAUUAGUAGUUACAUUUUGGGGCGAGUCAAAGAUAUACACAGAUUUUUGACUGCGCAGUGGGUCGGUGCCCCUAACGCCUGCAUUGUUCAAGGGUCAACUUGAUGUGUAUGUAUAUGUAUGCGUGUAUGUGUGUACACAUACAUAUAUAUACACACACAUAUACAUACAUACUGUGUUUUCAGACAUGAAUAUUUGGGGUUAUUUUUAGAGCAAAAAGAAAACAUGAAAUUAUUGAGAUACUUCCAUAAGUACUCCUUACUUUUUCUUGCAAUUUUCUCUGCAAUUAAUUUUUCAAGCAUGCAAGAACAGUUUAUUGUAAUUCACUGAAACAUUAAUAACUAAUUGGGAAUACAUGUUAUAUCAGCCCCCUUUGUUCCUAACAUUGGGAAACAUAAAUAUUUUUGGUGGGUUUUGUUGUAAAAAGAUAAAAAUUGUCGAGGCAUCUUUAAUUGAAGAUUUGAAAGAAAAUAUCAGAAUUAAUUUCCUAGGAAAAAAUCUUAAAAUUAUUUAAUUCCUUUGGAUAGGCUGGUACAUUUCCAUUGUUAUUUCUGCAGUUGUAGAUUUAGGCUUACUUAAAAAUGGCAUGCUCCAUUGACUGUCAGCUCUAGUCCCGCAAUGGGUGGUAUUAACCCAUAGAAAGCAAGUAAUUAUAGAUCAAGUAUACCGCUGUAAACAGAUAUUGGGCUAUGUUUUGUGGUUCAAUUAUCAUAUAUUUGUAAUAGAGAUAUCAUGAGUGCAGAGCUAUUUUGCCUGCUCAGAUCAAGGUUAAGCCCUCAUCUUUGAUAUUGUGUCAUGGGGAAAAAACCUUCUCUCAAAAUCAUGAAACUAGUUCCUGGUCUGUUCUGUGAGUGAUGUGGUCAUAAGCAGUAGAGAAAAAUAACUGUUUUUAUAGUCUGCAUAAAUUCUCCUACAGGAGAAAAACUUGCUUGGCUUUAAUAUGUAUUUAUUUGCCAAUGAAGUCUAAAUAUUUAAUGUUUCUCACUUGGAAGCUAGAAUAUGUUUUUCCAUUAUUUUAAACUUUUUAAAAUCAAAUUUGUUGGAGGUUUUUAAGAAAGGACUAAAGAACAGAAAUCAAGCUAAUUGUGUUUUUUCGAUGUAGCAUUUAAUAGUGUUGAGAGACCAUGCCAGCAAUACCAACAGUCCCUUCAAUCUUCAGUACUGCUGGCAUUGCCACAAAUGCACACAGACAUCUGAGACCCUCAGAAAGGAAGGAUAAUCCAAGAAUAUAGGAAAUCUGUGCUCUACACCCCUUCAUUUGAUUUUCUAAAGGAUAGGCUAAUCAUAAGUAAUCUGACAUUUUAAUAUAGCAGCUCUUAUUUAUUUUUUUCCUUCUGAGAUAUUAAAAUAUCUAGACUGAAUUUUGCCAAAUGUGUAAGGGAGAGAAAUUACUGAAGACUUUGAACACCUGCUUUUUGUGAGUGACUCUGCUUAUAUGUCAUUAGUGCCUCAUGACUGUGUUUGAUGUCCUUUAUUGAUACACAGUGAGCCUGUGCCUUCAUUAUCUUGCCCAUUUUGGUACAAAUGAAAACUUGGUGUUAGAUCUAUGAACUGUGUGUGUGUGGGAGAAAUAUACCUGAAUUCUAUUCAAUAAGAGUUUCUAGACAUGAAGAAAAAUACAGUCACAUAUUUCCAGUGGCAACUAGGAUUCACCCCCUCCCCCCCCCCUUUUUUUUUUUAACAUGUAUGUUUCUUCAUUUAAAAAAUAUUUUUGGCCAUAAAGUCAAAAAGAUUGAAAGUCAUUUCAAUUUCUUCAUUGAGGGGGAAAUAAGAAGUUAAAUAAUCCAAAUAAUUAAAGAAUGUGUUACAAUUCAGUGGACAAGCUUACACAAGAAGAUAAACUCAGAGUUUAUGGUAUGAACAAUGCACUAGAAUCAAAUGUUGUUAACUUAAAUCAAAAGGGUCUUUGGGACGGGGAGGGAAUGAGGACAAGGGAGAGUAGAAAAAGGUGUUACCAGCACUAUGGAGAAGAAAUGUCAGCUCUCUAUCGGCAGUGGCUUUCUCACCUCAUAUCUUCACUGUCUGCCUAUGAACCUGGCACUUCAAUGUGAUUUGUUCGAGAAUAUGAUCACAAAUUUACACAUACAAUAAUGGUACUCUUAAUUCAAACUAACAGAGGGGUUUUGUUUUGUGUGUGUCUAUGAUUUUUUUGUUUGUUUGUCUUUUGGUGGGGGAACAUUAUAUAUAAGCUUGUUUCUGAUUUUAAGAUAUAGUAACAGUAAACCCUGUGGCUGAUCUGGUAAAGGGGGCGGGGGGGGGGGGCACACUCUAUAUCCCUUACCAUCAGGAUUGAUGCAGUCAUUAAAAUCUGAAGCAUGGAUUUAUUUUUUAAUUAUAGAAGAGUUGUAGAAAAAUGUUUUGCUCAUUUCCAGUAGAAAAUGUUGAGCAAAACAAUGAAAAUAAUAUAUAUUGAUCAUGCAUAUUGAUCUGAAACAACAAAGCAGAGUCCAAGAAGGUCAAGUUUGCUUUGGAAGGUCAACCCAGGGUUAAAGUAGUGUUUAUAUUCUCAUUCUGAAACAUCUUUGCUUUUUCCUACCCUAAAAAUCUUCAAAAGUGAAUUUUAAAAAAAAUUGCCCCUCUCCAGCUUAGUAGUCUUUUAAGAAAAGAAACUUGUAUAAGAUUUUGCAAUUGGAAAACAUCCUCAACAGCUUUAGGCAUCUCCCUCCAAUAUUUGAAAUAAGAGCAACUUUCCUUUAAAUAUUGUAAGUGGCAAAUGCCAACAUACUUCUGAUUUUAGGUCAGAGGCAAGUCUACAUUUAAGAAAAAUAUAAUUUAGUUGAUGUAGAGUUUACACUGCUCCAGCUAUAUUGGUUAUAAGGUAGAAAUUAUUCUGAAAAAAGUUAAACUGUUGUCAUAGGUCAUUUGUGAUCAUGAUGGAAUUAAAAAAUCCCUGAACUAUUUUUGUAUGCAUUGUUCCUCCAUUUCCACCAAAGCAUUUCAGCUGGGAUGGAAUGUCAGAAGUAGGCCUUUGGUUCUGAUGUUAAAAUUAUGGUCCUAAUUCACAAUGUCAAAGUCACAUAACAUCCUAAGACCACCACCUCAAUUUCCCCAACAUAAAUUAGGAAACUAAUUUUUAUUUUCUCAUAGGGAUGAUUUGAGAAUGAAUGGGAGAGGAAAAAAGCAUUUGAAACACUUUCAGGGGAUAAAAAAGCUGUAUAAAACCAAGAUAGUGAUUCCCUCUCCCCGCCUCCCCCCCUAGCCUGUGUUUCAACUAAACCAUCUUUUUAAAUAAGAAAACAGUCAAUAAGUACCUGCUUAUAAGAAAACUCUGUUUCUUUCAAUGGGCCUACCACUUUAUUGGCCUCAUAACCCAAUAAAUGCUGUGAAAUAAAGGAUGAAAAGUUUUGCAAAAA